AUGGCAUUGAUAUUCAACCCUGGCAAGAUUGUUGCUCGCAACAUCGACCCCACACAAGUCCACCCCGAGAUACUUCGCAUUGUCAUGCGCAUUUUGGACCUUCAUCUCAACGCUUUUGAGUCCACCAUCGCCGUCUCGGGAAAUGAUUACACUGCCUUCGGCGAAGAAGGCCGGCUGUUCAUGGCUAUGCAGAUGGGGCGUGUCCUUCGUAAAAGUGUCAUGUGGGUAAAGGACGGCAUCGACACAAACAGCAACAGAUGGCUUCUUGGCCCAUGUGAUAGGUUCAUCACCGGGCCACACAUGAUCGUCUCAGUCAAUGGCAUCGCCGUCGUUGUUCGAAGACCGCCGCCCCAAUUUCUCGAGGAAGCGGCUGAAGCGACAACGCACCGCGUCAACACUCCCGAGCGGGAGAUCAAGGUACCUCGCCCGCCCAACGCCUUCAUUCUCUACCGCAAGGAUCGCCAAGCGCAUGUCAAGCAGAUGGAUCCUCAGAUUCAGAACAAAGGCAUCUCGCAGCUUCUGGGUAAAGCCUGGAAUGCUGAGUCCCAUGAGGUUCGGGAAAAAUACAGGGCACUCGCAAAAGCGUACAAAGAGCGCCAUAACAAACUGCACCCGGACUAUCGCUACACUCCGCGCAAACCAUCAGAGAAGCGUGGUGGUAACCGAAGGAGCGUGUCAACCCAAUCUGCUCGAUCGGUCGACUCAUCACCGAGGUGA